AUGCUCACGACUACUUCUUCAAAGGAUUUUAUCGCAACUUCUACAGUUAAUGGAGGGAUUACUAUAUGGGAUUUAUCAUAUUUUAAUCGACGCACUUUGGAGUUCAAUCUUGUGGAUGUAUUGAAUGCCUCCAUUCUCGAUGUCAAUAAACGUGUCAGCAAAUCUCAGCUGGAAGUACACUGUGGUUGUCUACUAGUAUCCAAUUCCUACUUACCUGAAUUAAUCUGUCUUCCAAAACCACCGAAACUCCAUCAUUUAAUUUUAGGUUGUUGUUUACCGAAUUCUGUAUAUAACGAAUUAAAGCAUACUUUGAAUAAAAAUUCUUCUUCUACUGCUACUGCUACUACUAAUGUCAACAGUUUUGGAUCACAUAAACUAUGUCUCUUAGUUAUACAAUUAACUCCAUUGAAUAGUGAACAAUUAAUGUGGUUAUCAGAUUCUUUGUCAGCACCUACGUCAGUAAAAUCAUUCGUGUAUUCGUCAUCAACUUCUGGCGCAAAUAUAUUCUCUCUGCACUCAGUCCCAGUGGACCUAAUGAAAUUCCUUCCAUUGAUUGGAAAUGAUGGGCAUACAAUGGAAGAUGAAGACGAAGAAGAAGAAGAGGAGGAGGAGUUGGAUGAGGAGCAGGAGGGAGAAGAAGGUGAAGAUGAUUAUGAUGCUGGUGAUGGUGAUGACUAUGACGAUGAAUUGGCUCAAAUUGAUUCCAAUGAGUUUAAAUUGCAGAAAACUAACCUUGUAGACGAUGCGACACUUUCACCGACUAGUUCCGGUGAAGCUACAAUGACUCAGUCCCCGUCUACUUCACAGGUGGAUCUUAGUCAACCUAAUGAAGAUGAUCUAUUCAAAUAUCUUGCUUUGUCUAAUGCCAUCUAUGAAUCACUCUCCUCUUUGAAUGCUAUGGAUUCUCAAAAUAUAACUUCGAAUGAUAAUGAUGCAUCAAAGUUGAAGUCGCUAUCGAAGCUUUUUAUCUCAUCACCUUCACCUUCACUAUCACCAUCAUCACCAAUUAAACAACAACAAUCCAAUCCGACUGAUGAAGCUACUACUACUACUACGGAUACUUUUUCAGGUUGUCAUUCAAAAGGAAUCACUGAAAAACUGCCUACACUCAUUGGCAUAGUACAUUUAUUAGAUAUUAAUCCUAUUGACACAGAUGUUCAAAAGUUGAAUUUAAAAGUUUUAAAAAUAUCACCAGUAGUCGGUUUGCCAACAUCGAUGAAUCAUGCCAAUAAUAGGUCAACAUCACCACCUCAAGGUAUACUUGUUUGUUGUGGUACUGAAUUAUUAUCAUCUCUGAGUAGGGAUGAUAUUCAUCACAAUGACACUGAGGAGAAUCGUCAUCAAUCGACUGAAAAUGGUGAUUUAUUUUUAUUUGAGUAUAAAGCUUGUACAGUUGAUUGGAAUACCUCUCAUUCAGUUCUUAGUGAAAAUCCACUUUUGCAUAUUCAAUUACCUGGUAAUUAUUGUCCCAUAGGAAUGGAUGUCUUGUCUAAUGAUAAUAAUGAUCUUCAAUAUUGUUGUUCAAAUCCAUUAAACAAUAUCAUUCAAUUACCAAUUGAAUACUAUUCUGUUAAAAAGGAUAAUCAAAUCAAAAGGGAUUCAAAGUUGACGCUACAGUCAUUUGUAGAUUGUACGCCAGGGGAUCUUUCAAUGUGUUGCUUCCUGCUUACAAUAUCUGGUUCAUUGUUACAAGUGAAUUUUUACACUGAUUUCUCGUGUCUUAUCCAACUUCUUAUUUCUGAUCCAAUUACAUAUAUGGAUGAAGAUAUAGAGAAGAAUGAGAAUAGAGAUGAAGAAACCAGUGUUAAUGUACAUCGUAUACAAUUUAAUGCAUUCACAUAUUGUACUGGGCUAGGAAAUCUAUGCUUGUGUACUGUAGACGGUCAAAUGUGUAUAUAUCAAUUGUAUAAUCAAGAGCUUUUCAAAUAUGAUAUGAAUAAAGAGAAACGAAUCACUUUAAAGAGUUCAGCUUCACGCGUAAAUAUAAAGAAAUCUAUAACUUCAUCGAGUAUUAUUGAUACUUCCAUUACAAGUUGUUCAUUAAGCGAUCUAUAUGCUUACUGUGAUUCUCCCAUAGAUCAAUGCAUUUUAUUACAUCAGUUAAUUAAAACAGUUCCUGUAGAUGCACAAAUUCAAAUUAAUUUUCCUGAUCGAAUUGGAUGGUAUGAAGUUGAUCUUUUCCGAUCAAUAUCAUCUUCUACAUCUGAUGGGCAUAUUAACAACACUCGAUUUGAGAAGCAAGAUAUGCUUACUGAUGAACAAUAUCCAAAAAUAUCAUCGUCUUCCAAUGACAAUGAAACAAUUCAUGUCCUUUCAAGGCUAGUCACGCGUUAUUUACAAUUGGAAGGUUGUGAUUCUUCGAAUAAAUCAAAGUUACAUGCGUCGACAAAUAAUCUUCUUCCAGUCGCUUUGAAAUGUGCUUCAUUAGCAGUUCAACUGAGUUUAAGUGGUGGUCAGUCAGCCCGUUUAUGGGAGUUUAACAUUAAAAAUUGGGUUGCUUAUCAAGCUUUAAUGAAGCAUCCAUCGCUUGAAAAGUCUGAGGCUACAAUGACUGAUGAACAAAAUACGCUACCGAGUAAAAUUAAUUCUACAUUAUAUUCAAAGAUGAAUACAUCAUCUGAAUAUGUGUUGGAUAUUAGCCUGCCUCGUGUUUGUUCAUUAUCACAUUUUGUGUUUCACUCAACAAUGAAACCAUAUGAAAAAACAAAAAAGCCGCCAAAAGUGUAUAUAACACUGUUAAGAAAAUAUAUCUCUUCGAACAGUUCAAAUUUUAUGCACCAGUCUACAAGUAAAAUAAACACAGAUAAUGAUGAAUUAGAUAAUCCUCCAUCUGAUCUUGAUCAUAGUUUAGUUGUAGAAGAUUUAACAGCUCCGUAUAUUGAUGAUGAAUAUGAUUAUACAGUUGAGAAGUUGUCAACAUCAUUCAAAUCAAAAAGUGAGCAUAUGUUUCAUUUUGAUGAGGAAUUUCUAUCAAAGUAUUUAAAAGUUCCUGGACGCUUUCAUCAAGUACCUACUCAAAACCUAUCAUCGGAACGUCUUCGUGAAUUAAGCGCGAAUAUAAUUGCUGGCCCAUAUUUGUUAAGUGACUUUUUGGACGUUCACGGGCGUUAUUGCUGUAUGCCAUUAACAAGUUCUGAACUUAUAAAAUGUUGUUCACGUCUGUUCGCUCUACAUAUCAAGAUUACUCUUCCAGACACUGAGGUUUCUUCGAAUUCUGAUUCUCAAUCAACGCUGUGUGAAGAGGAAUUGCCAGUACUGUCUGAUUUAUUCGCACAAAUUGGCAUAAGUGUACAUCAGUUUCAAGGUCCCUAUAAACAACCAGCUUAUACGUCACCGACAAGGGACAAGAAUUGUUCUAAACAGUCAGUAAUUGACAAUACUUCACCUCGUUCAUCACCAUUAUCCAAAACUAAUAUUAUUCCACACGAAAGAGCUCAACGUCUCGGCAUUUUACGCUCUGUAAAACUUCAUGAGGCAUGUUUUGAAUUUCUUAGUUCGAAUUCGAUUGGGGAUGUUGAAAAAUGGAGUCAUUUAUAUAAACAAGCUUAUCCCAAGAGUUUAUUUUCAAUUAUCUUAGAUCUAAUGAAUUGGAUUGUUUCAAUGUAUUAUCAUGAAUUGGAAUUUCCAUGUGAUGUUAUUACAAACCUCUUGAAUUUGGCUGCCAACAAUUGUGAAAAUCUAAUUGAAAAUCUUAUUGUCCAUGGUGAUCGUGAAACUACACAACUUGGAACAAAAUUUCUAUUCAGUUUACUCAAAUUGGAAUUUAUUUUCCUGAAGUGUGCGCCACCGUCAACCUGUAGCACAAUGCCUAAGAGGGAGGCGGUAUUUUUUCAAAAAUUAUGUGAUUGUUUAUCUCUUACAACAAGUGGAAAUUGUCAUGGGCAUAAUUUAGCACGUUGGCUAUUGAUCUGUCAGACAUCAGGUGGUUGUGAAGCAUUACUGAAUCUGCUCGAAUCAAUAAUUUCUAUCACUUCGAAUGAAAAUUGCAAUGAUGCUGCUAGUGUGUAUUCAACAUCAUCAAUAUUAAGAAAUAGUUUAUUAAGUCUCUUCAGUAUAAUUUAUAUCUUUGGAGAAGACACUAUUGGUUCAUCACAUUUCUGGUAUCGUUUACCCUUGUGUCUUGGUCCUGUAUCACUCCUAAAUUUACCAAUAUCCAAUUGGACUUAUUCAGGCAGUGAAUGCUUAGCACAAUGCUUACCUGGGAAACCUCAAAAAGCUGAAAAAAACAAAACCCUACAUUCUUUAUCGCAUAGUACUAACGCCAGUAGUAAUCCUAAUAGUUCUUCUCUCACAGUACCUGUGAGCAGUACUCAUUCAGUUGUAAAUCAUAAUUCUAAUGGAGAUAUAUUCACUAGUCUCAGUGGUAUUUCAAUACCUAAUAGCUAUUUAUCCUUUUUAAGUGGUUGUUCAAAUUUCAAUGAUUUUGUUGAUAAAUCUACAGACAGUGCAGCUAAAAAGUCUACGCAUUCAUUGUUUCCAUUAACAAAUUAUCCACCGGAAUUACUUAUUCACUUAACAGAUAUUAUCUCAUUUAUGCGAUAUAAUUUCAUUACUAAUAUUGAUCCAUCGGAUAAUGCCAAUAAUAUUAUCUUACCAGAUUUACAAGAUUGGCAUUUGUAUGGUUUACUAGAUGUGGAACCGUUACACUUUCCCCUGGAUAAAUUAUCACUACAAUUAAGCGAUGAUUGUGAAGUAGAACGUGUAGAUUUCUUUACUGGAGAACUUUUAGUUGACAAUGAACAAUGCCGUAUGACAAGUAAUGCAUCACAAAUGAAUGCCAACGGAAAACAUUGUGUUUAUGAUGCAUUAUCUCAUUUAACAGAUCCAGUUGAAGCCUAUCAUUUAGUUAUAUCCCGUAUGCAUCCAGGAGCACAUCGUUCAGUUACCUUCAGUUUUAAUUCUUUAAAUAAAAAGCAUAAUUGUUUAUCAUCAUCAGUAAAUUUACUCACUGAUAUUAUAAUUCCAGUUAAUCCAUGCCUACAGUGUAUCACUCUUGAAGCUUUACUGGACAAUCUAUCGGAUAGUCAAUCGUCUCAAAAAACACUGACAAAAUUGAUAGCUGUAUCAACAGAUAUUACUCAUUCAACACUUGUGUUACGUGAUAUUCAUCCACCGAUUGAAUUUACGCGGCUACGUGUAUCAAUUGUCGGUCGAUUAGACUAUCCACAUAGUAAAGCACGUAUUCAUCUUGGUGCCUAUUUUGGUAGAGCUGGUCUAUUAAUGGACUAUUUCAAUCCUAUCCACAAUGCUGAUAAUCGUGCAGUGAAUGUAUUGAAAUGUUUAGAUAGCCUUAUAAUGAGUAGAACAACAGAGUUUGUCACUGUUCAACAGAAAUUAAUGAAUAUUUGGAAUGAAAGUGAUAAAAAGCCCAUAGUAACUAGAAGCAAAGAUGAAAGUGAAGUGCCAUCUGUACUGUCUGAUAGUGAUCUGGAAAUGUCAUUAUUAUACAGAAAAUGUUGUAGCCUUCAAUACCAAAUAAAUUGGUUGUGUCGUACAUUGACUCGUUUGAGAAAUGAAUACUAUCCUGAAAGUAUUUAUGAAUAUAGAAAUCGAAUUUGUAAAAUGUCUGAUGAAAAAUUGAAAGAGGAUUUGUAUCCAGAUAAAAUUCGAUAUAUUCUAGAACGUUGUUUACUUUGUUUACUAAGUCACUCAAACAGUCUGUUGUCUCAAGUCAAGCCGAUAUCGCCGUCACCAGUACCGCCUAUCGACUCAGAUAAUAAUCAAGAAUUUAUUGAAUAUGUUGACGUGUGUUCUACUAAUAUUUUGCAUGAUUUGCUUAUUCAUGGAAGUCGUUCAAUGCAGAUACUCAUUGUUGGACUAAUGCCAGUCUUAACAAAAAUGCAUUCUCUGCUCUCGGUUGCCUCUUCAACUCCUAAUGAAUAUAAUUUCCUUUGUAAAUUUAUCAGAGAAUUUAAUGCCUCCACUAGUUUAAUAAAGACUAAGCCACAACUUUCAAUGAUUCAUGAAUCCAGAAGACAUUUGUUGUUUUGGGCUGUUAUUCAACGUCUUAUACAUUUUGGAAUGACAGGUGACUUGUUGAAUGCUUCUGUUUCCAUUCUACGAAAUGUGUGGAAUUCUGUAGACAAAGCUGAAUCUAAUAUUUUCACUGAUGUUCUUCAGCUAAUUGAUACAAUUAUAGAAAAUGGCUGUUCAUCUCUCCUCACUCUGCAUAAAUCAUUUUCCAGUCUACUCACAUCACUUGAUGCGUGUAAAUCAGCCUAUUGUGGUCAAACAGGCGUGAAUGGUCUGCUUAAAUGGCAUUAUUCUCAUCAAAUUCAUAAUGUUGAUCAUCAUAAUCUUGUAUAUCCAUAUUGUCAAACGAGAACUACACGUGUCACAAAUGGAACAUACACAUAUGACUCGAUAUCUCUUUUCCAGUUGUGUCUUAUUUCUUUUUAUCGUUUACAUUUGGAGCGUUUGACAAGAUUAUCAACUCAAUAUGUAGCUGACCGUGAUAGUCAUUUUCAAAGUAUAAAAAAUGAUACAUUUCCAUUGGGAGCAUUGUUUGUACGCAGAAAUAUUGACUCACAGACAUCCCUACUAAUGAGAUCUUGUAUUCCUAGAGGUUUGCAUCAAACAAACACCUAUCCAGGCAAAUCUUUAAUCCCCUUGGAGACAUAUCAAAUUCCUCAGCAAAGAUUUCUCUGUAUGUUUGGUGAUGGCGAUUCUGUUAACAAUGCCUUCAAUCAGUUAUUACCACUUUUGGCUGAACUUGCAUUCAAACUAUUGAAUAGCCUUUUGUGCGUGAAUCGUAUGUUUUCAGGUGAUUCUAGUCUACACGAAAAUUGUUUUGUCAUCUGUCGUUUGCUUGGACGUGUUUGUUGGCAUCUUUCAGGUGAUACAGUUCGUAAACAUUUCAUUCCUGGUGGAAAGCUUACAAAAUCCUCUGUGUAUUCAUUGUUUUACAAGUUUUGUCAAUUUGGUCAACAGGAGUCAUCUCUAAUAAGUGAUGUAUUCAUCGAAUGCAUGUGUCUUAUUCUCAAUUGUGAAAGAUUACCUGAUUGUCCACAAACUGUUAAACCGGAUAAUUAUGGAACUACUCAAAGUAUUGAUCUGCAUAAAUCUAAGAAUAAAUCGUGGCCUUAUCCGAAUAACUCUGUGGUUAAUUAUGAUGUCCAACAGUGCAUGAAUACACUAUGGCAUCUAUUACCGAAUCACCUAUUGUCUACUGCUCAAUCCGUUCUAUUCAAUCCAUCAAACUUUUAUUCAUGCAAUUCAAGUGAUCAUUCACAUGUAGGAGGAGGAGUCGGUGAUAACGCUGCUUCUGCUGCUGAUAAUGAUGAUGAUGGUGAUAACAGGAAAAGGAUGAAAUCAUCGACAAAUGGUCAUUAUGCCUUAUGCGAAUUAUUCUCUAAUUGUAUAAAUACUUUACUAAUUAAAAAAUCAGUAUCAAUUCAUUUUUGCUAUUCAGCACAUACCUGUGAAGAGGGUGUAAUAGAUUCACAUCCGUGUCUUUUGAAUCUUUUACGUUUGUAUUGUGGAAUUGUCGGUGAACCGAGUUUUAAGCCUUGGAAAAUCCUUCCACCUAGUGUGAAUCCUGAAAAAUCCUCAUGGCAUAGAAAUAAUGAUCUACAAAUAAAUAUACACAUUAAAAGCGUUAAAUAUGUAUUGGAAUCAGUUAAAAACUUUGUAUUAUCAAUUCAAAAACAAAGCAAUUCAUAUGCAAACUCACCUUUUAUGAAGAGAAAUAUUGAACUUCGUCGUGAUUUAUACACACUAACUAUUCAAUUCUUAGCCUGCGUAGCAGCUGAUUCCUCAGAUUUACGUUUAUUCAUUCUUAAGUCUUCCGAAUUUUCAACAUUUUCAAUUGAAUUGCUUACAGAUUCUUCAUUUGAAGAAGGUAUAAAUCGUUCAAUUACUUCAGCUUUAGAAGUACUCUUCACAUGGUUUGCAUAUACAAAAGUGGAAGAGAGUGACUCCGCUAUUCAUCCUUUUGAUCAAUUUUGUCUUGAACAGUUGACUGCUCUAUUCCCAGAUUAUUCUAUAACUGCAUCAUUACCAUUCACUCAAUUUGAACUCGAUACUGACAUGACCAAAGGACCUCGUGAUCUACGAGCUGUUCUUUUAACUGCUAUCUGUUCACGUGUCAAAUUAUGGAAACAAGUGAAGAUUGAAGACUGUGAAGUGAAUGAAACCACUUCAUUACUUCAUGGAAUUGAAGACAAUAUCAUCUCUUGUUCAUCGCAUACACUAUCAUCUAUGUCAUCUGAAUACCUGUUGAUUAUUUUUAAAAUGAUAUCAAUUUAUUUAUAUCAUCGUCUUAGAUGGCUUAAACGGCAAUUCUCAUCAUCAUCAAGUGGUGGUGGUAAUAUUGUCAGUCAACGUGAUGUAAAUAAUAAUAAUAAUAAUAAUAAUAAUAAUAAUAAUAAUAAUAAUAAUAAUAAUUUCGAGGCUUAUUUUCUUUGCUUAUCAUCAUAUUCAACUAUCAUCGAUGAAGAAUAUGAAUUUUAUGAUAAAAAUUCCACUUUAUGGUCAACAAUGUCUAGUAAUCAAAUUCGUCGGUUAAGCAGUAUAAAUCCUGAUCAUAUAUCAGAAAAUCCAGCUUCUCUUGGCUCAUUAUAUAUGAUGAAUCAGUUAACCUGUUGUUGUUGUUAUCUCUGUGGGAUAUGCUCUGCUGGUAAUGUCUACUCACAAAUCCUGUCUUCAUCUCUAUAUCAUGAUAAGUGUUUAUCUUUUAUUCUUGGUAAUUUGUGUAAAAUAUUAAUUGAAAAUUCUAAUUCUACAGAGAGACAAAAAUUGUUUACAUAUUUUACAAAGAAUACAGAAUUAUUUCUAGCAUCAUUACGUGUUAGUCAUGUACCGACUUCUCUGAGUACAAUGAUUACAUUAUCUUGUCUUAUUAAUGGAUGGAAAACACUGAGACGAUUAACUGAUCUGAUUAUUACUCAUUUUAAAGCAUACAGUAAAUCAAUGCCUACAUCUAGAAUGAAAAAACACUUAAUCCAUGCAUUGUUAUAUUCACACCCGUUAAAUUCAUGCUGUCUAUUCUUAUUGUUAAGUUUAUUCAUUUCAACCGAUACCAAUUUAUUCCGUAACAAAGACUAUGCUGAUGUUAUUCUACGUACACUUGUUGAUGAUACACAGUGUUUAGCAAUGAUGAUAGAAAAUCAAAAUACUGUUCUCCCCUCCUUCAUCUCUUCAUCGGAGUAUGCAAACACACGGAAUAGUAUCAAUUCAUGUGAAUUAGGUCAAGCUUUAUUGAAUCAAUCAUUAUUCUUUCAUAUCCCGUGCUACCAACAAUCUUCAGCAUUGAAUUUUCAUUGUUUAAAUCAAUCUCUGCCUAUCGGUUUGUUUGGUCCAAUUAACAUUUUCAAACAAUCAUCAUUAAAGUGUUUACAGGAUACCAUCGAUUUGAAUUAUCCGUCGACGAAAAAAGAUAAGCAAACGUCAAAUACUACUACUACUACUAGUUGUCAAUGUGCAAAUACACUUCUGCCUAAUCCGAGGGUGAAUAAAACCCGUAUUGGUAAUUCUGAGGAUGAUGGUGAUGAUGAUGAUAAAGCAUUGAUGAGAAUUUGUCGAAAAGAUUUGAUUGAUUUUGCGCCAACAGCCCUGAUUUAUUCCGAUAUACUAGAUGAACAAGUGACAUCAUUCUGUAGAACACUAUCAGUUAUCGAUGAGUAUAAUGUUGACUGUGAGAAUAUCAUUUUCCCAAUGUAUUUAGGCCAUUCUGAGUAUAAAUCUGCACCGAUGACUUGUACUGAAUCAAGUAAAACUGAAGAUGGUGAUCCUAAGAAUUCGAACACUACUAGUACUCAUGAUAAUGCUAAUAAAAGUAGUAAUGAUAGCAGUACAACUAAUGCUGACCUGUCGAGUAAAAUUCUUCCCGAGAAAUUCAGCUUAUCCGAGUUUACAAGAACAAGUUUCAAUUUUCAAAAUGAUAAUGAAUGCUUACAAAUUGUUGUUCGACUGCCGUGUUUAAUUCAAUUGGAAUGUGUAUUUUUAUCAACAAAGAAUUCAGCUAUGUCAGGUAACUAUGAUUCUCUUAUUAGUGGUAUUGAUAAUAAUCAUAAUAAUAAUAAUGCUAGUCCUGCAGCCGUUGAAGUUGAAUUAUAUCGUGAUCUACCCGGUUCUUCUCGACGAUCGUUUGUUAGUGCACAUAAAUCUGGUACAUUUCCAUCAGCCAGUAGUAGUAGUUCAUCUUGUCAGAAUACACACACUUCGUGUCCUGAAUUUCAUACAAUUACUUUUUCGCCUCGUUUAGUAUCACAUGUUCUACUACGACUUUAUCGUCCUUUUGAUCGUGAUAAAAAUCUUCAUGUGAACAAUUUACGUCUGCUAGGACAACAUACAGAUGUUAAACAGUUUUGCAAAGAAAUCCGUGUAAAUAAUCCUGACAAUUUUGCAACUACGAGUGCUAAACGAGCAAGUACCAAGUAUUCAGAUAUCAAAAUGCGAGCAAUUAUUCUACUGCAUUUAAUUCAUAAUGAACUGAUUUCACAAUCAUCGUUACCAUCGAAUGAAUUUUAUUCCCGCCUAUUCGUUGAAUUACUUUUACAAAGCUUAGAAACUGUCAGCAUGGAUGAACAACUUUCAUUUUAUACGCGUCAAUUACUACAAAUGGUUUCUUGUCGUCAACAAAUUUCUGAAAUUACUAGCUACAUAAGUAAUCUUACUAGUGCAUCAAUGCAAAGUGAAUGGUUUUAUCCAUUAGAGUCAUGUAAUAAUUCUUCGACGUCGUCUUCUAUGCCUUAUUCUUGGGAUUCAUACCCUUCAUCUGCUGUUAUUUGUGAACGUAUUCUACUGGGAUUAUUGAUAAACACGACAAGCCAUAAUUGUUACAACUUUGCUGGUUACUUAAUGUUAAGAUUACUCGACCAUUGCCCAACCGCUAUGAAAGAAUAUGAUCAGAAUGAGUUCUUUAUAAGUGAAUCAGAAUUGAAACAAGUUACUACAGAUAACGAAGACUUCAAUUCCCUCUAUUUGUUUGGCCCGUUAGCUUCAUUAGCGUCUACACCUUAUCAACGUUUGUUUGCCUGGUUAUGUCUACAUCAAGAUACUGAACAGUCUAAGCGUAUUGAAUUUGUCUUCGACUGGUUAAGCUGUUUGUAUAAAACUAUCAUACCAACACGACAACCUAAUACUUUUCAUCCUAAGCUUUUCAAGCAUUGGUCUCAAUUAUUAUUAAUAUUUUCAAGUGUUCUAUGGAGUUUGCAUAGUAGUAGUAGUAGUAGUCAAACAAAUUGUACGCAUUCAUGGCGAAAAUGUGUAACAGUCGAUUUGAUUAGUUCUCUUUAUGACUUGUGCAUUUCAUUGAGACAUGAUCGUGAAAAUUGUUUACGCAUAACAAAGCUGGAUGAUGAUUGCAUCGUUGAAAUCGAACACUUCUGUGAUGUUCUAACUAGUCUGUUAUGCUCGUUAUGCUCAAUUGAACCGAAUGCUGUGUCUGUCCUCUUAUCAAAACCGUUAGUAGUUCCCACCUUUUCGUCUUAUUCUGCUUCUUCUUGUUCUUCUAAUACUAUUGAUCGAAAUCAGGAAUCAUUAUUAUUCAAUAGUCAACUAAAGAUUUUAAAUUCAAUUCUUUCUUCUGAUCAUAUUGUCUACUAUGUUUUCUGCAUGAAUAGUGAAUCGCCCACAAAAACAACAACAACAACCACAUCAGAUAAUUUCUUCUAUGAUUGUUGUAGUUGGCUGGGAAAUUAUCUUUCUUGUUGUAACUCCCUUUCUUUCAACACAUUAGCUUCAUUUGUUCAUUCAGCAGUUGUAAGACGUCUUGACAUGUUAACUUACUUUAUGCAAUCAAAUCAACCGACUACCUUGAGAAGUGCUCUUGGCAAAUUAAUUUGCGAUCAUCUCCUUCCGGUUAUAUUUUCUACACUCACUUCAAUGUCUUCUUCUAUGAGGCUGAAUUCAUCAAAAAUCUAUGAAUUUUGUAGACUACAAAAAGCAACUAUCGAAUUAUAUGAAGCAAUGAAAUUACCUAUACCUGUUCAAAAAUCACCUCCUGAUGAUUUGUCAAAUGUAUAUUAUGCAAAGACUACUUUAGAAGCUUCAGAUGUCUAUGUGAAUCGUUCAAAUGAUCUUCUUAUUGAAGCUUUUAAAGAAUCACUUUUAAACUCCAAUUUUGAACUGCCAAAUUUUCUAUCGGAACUAAUCUUCCAACUAACACCUAAGCCUGUUGUUUUUAAACAAACAAUUGCAGUAUUCGCAGUCACUUCAAAUGACUCAAACACUCCGAUUGAUCUACCACGGCCACUUACUGGUCCACCAAUUGUCUUGAACAUCGAUGCAUCUGAAUUAUCCGACUCCAGUCUGAAAUCAUUUUUAUACACAGAAAUUCGUCAAUCUAUUCAUCAGACUGUUCCACUGAACUAUUCAAUUCAUCCGAGUCUUUCAACAGCCUUCUUAUUGAUAAAUAUCAGUCAACCAGUAGUCAUACCAUCAGCAACUGAUGCAAACAAUUAUGAUGAUAUUCCGUUCAGAAAAGAUUUAUGCUUAAAACAUUUAAGACUAAUAAUAUACUACUUAUUACAUCCAUAUUCACCUAUUCUUCAGCAGGGUAUAUCACGUCCAAUGAAAUUAGCCAAUUCUCCAGGCAUACAUACUACUAAUGAUUUUGAAUUAAGUCUUUCAUAUUGUCUUCCAAAAAAGAUUAUAUCAUCAAAAGAUUGGAAUAAAGGCUUAUUUCUGCCUGAAGGUUAUUCAGAUAAUUGGAGUACAGAAAAAUUGUAUAGAUUAAUUAAUUUUUCUCUUGUCGUGAAUGAAUCUCAUCUUCUUUGUCUUCUGGUUAGACCGUGUGAGCAUGCAAGAUUUCUAUCGCAUCCACGAAUAGUACAACAAGACAAGAAAUCAUCUGCCUCGAUUGAAAAGAAGGAGAAGAAGAAGGAUAAUUUCUUAUCAUCUGAGUUAUUUGUUCACGAUUACCAAUCAAAUACAAGGAUAUUUUUGAAAUCUGGUCUACUUCAUUCAAUUGCCCAGUCAAUUGUCAAUCGUUUAUUUAUCACUCCUAGUCAACUUAGAGGCGAAGCAACUGACCAUCUGACUGCAUUUUCAUCAGUUGUUGAUGUAAUAUCAGAACAGUUGAAAAAGGCCACAAAACAGUUUAAUGCUUGUAUCAUGUCAUCGUUAGAUUGUAUAAAUAACUGCAGUCUAUUGGAGGACUGUGAUAUUGAUAGCAUUAUUAAUAGUUAUAGUAGUAGUAGUAAUAAUAAUAAUAAGUAA